UUAAUUUUCGUCUGCUGUGGAGGUUCGUGUCGUUGGGUGUAUGGAUGAAUCGUUGAUAUCGUCGAUCAUUAUUGAUUAUAUUCAUCGUGGGAGUGAGAACAAAAGUGAUGAGUCAACAUGACAGAACAGCUGGUUCGUGAAUGGCUUUCUGAUUAUGCUGCUCUUAGUCCAGUCGAGGCACAUACCUUCGUAGCUUCCUUAGAACAUAAUCAAGAACUGGUCUCUUCUAUUUAUGCUGUUCUUGAGGGUCGUGACCAUUAUCAAAAACUUAUCGACCCAGUGUGUAACCAGCUGUUUGCAUUUUAUCGUUCAAAAGAACCAGAACUUCAAAAGUUCUCACUCCAAUUCAUACCAACUCUUGUCUAUGUGUAUCUCAACGCUGUAGCAUGUGGGAAAAAGAAGAAUUGUUGGAGUCUAGAGACUCUUCUUAUUGGAAUUUACAACUUGGAAGUUGUGGAUGAAUCAGGAGAGCCGAAGGUAGUUUCAUUUCGUUUACCAUCAUUAGCACAAUCAUCAAUCUAUCAUGAGACAAUGCACCUGGACCCAGCUUCUCUUACACAAAAAGAACUGCGUCGACUUGAGGAAUGUAAUAUCAGGCUAAUAUCAUGGGGUCCACUACCACAAAUAGAGUCUCUAAAUGCUCAGAACAGACUAAAGACUAUGACUGCUCUACUAUUUGUCUUCAAUCGCAACUUAAGCAGAUUCCAUAAGUCUGCCCUUGAGAAGCUUUGUAGGGUUUCUUCAAAGAUUACUGCACAGGGCUUUACUCGGGUGAGCAGUCACCCAAGUUCCACAUCGCUGUCACCUCAACGUCCUCCUCCACGCAUACCAGUAUCCUCUCAAUUUUUGUUGGAACUGCUCCACGCAAUAUACUUUGCUAUGUUUAAUGAAUUCAGCUCAAUAGCUGUGCAGGCAUUGGAAGAUGUACACUUUAGAGGCUGUUAUGAGUGCCUUCCUGACAUUAUACUUGUAUCUGGAGCUAUCCGUAACUCUAUCAAGGAUGCUCCAUCAGGUCAAGCACUGGAUGGCCCUAUGGGAAUAAGUAUGGCUGUCUCUCCCUCUACAAACACAGUGACAGUUUCUAAAUCGAUGAUCACAAAUGCAUCAUUCAGGACAAAGAAGUUACCAGAUGACAUCCCUAUCCAGCAGCCUGUUGAUGGAUCAGCAGCAGAUGUGAAGGAUCCUAAAAAUUUAAUGUCCAUAUCAGAGGAAAAAGAGGAUGACAAUACUGGUGCUGGCGGUACAUCGGGACCUGAGAGGUUGACCCCACGGGGUAGUUCUCUUCGAGCUCCAGGUGGCAUGAGUUUGCCGAAGCUGCCAAAUUUACAGGCAUUGGUAGGGAAAAGAGGGCGCAAGGAAGGCAGUCAAGAGCGCAAAGUAACUCCUCCCCAGCAAAGUAAGAGCUCUGCAAAACUUCCAGUCUUGAAUGGGGAUUCAUUUGAGCUUGAUAGUAUGCGAAAAAGAGGUAACUCUGAAAAUGGAGGACUCAUGAUGGAUGAUGGUGUUGCUUCAGUCGAUUCGAUUGAUAAAAAUUCGGCAGGUAGUGUUGAAAACAUCCUCAAUAAUGGAGGACCUCCGAGUGAUUCAGGUUCGUUCAUGACUGUUGAUUCGGGUGACACUGUUGAUGGUGACAUGGGCACACCGAAUAGCUCUGCAACUCCUCUUUUAGGCCGGAAAAACAAUACAGUUGAAAUGGAAAACCGUGGAUCUUUGCAGGUUAGCACAGUGUGAGCCUUUAGUUAGGUAGAGAAAAGAAAUGCUGGUGUGCCCUUCUUAAAUUACUUGGUGCCAAUUUACUUCCAUUACACGUUGUAGUAUUAAACCAUCAUGCUCUCCUUGAUUUUUUUAAAGUUAGUUAUUGUUUGUUGAUUUUAGGCUGCCAUAAGAAUAUAUUUGAACACAUCCUCACAAAAAAACAAAACAUGGGAUACUGCAUAUGAAUGUGUAAGGAGGCGCAUUUAUGGAUGUUGUGUUUUUAUAUGCUUUAGUAGGUGGUAUGUUAAGAGCACAUUUCACAUUGCUCAAUUAAUACCUUUCACGUGUGUAAGUUACAUUUCAGUUCCCGACUUGGAAAAAUAGUGGUUGCUUUUGUAUUGUUGUUUGUUGUCUAAUUUCCUUGAUUUGAAGUAAUGUUGGUUGGUUCAGUGCCUAGUUUGCAAGGAUCUAUUCCUUAAAAUAAAGUUUGAUUUUGUUUUACUAAUUGUAAUAUGUGGUAGAGUUGUUGUACUUGCCAUAUGGGAAGAAUUUAAGAGGUGGACUGAUGUCCAAUGCAUUCUGAUGAAUUGUUUGUUGUAAAACAUUGCAGCCAUUCAAUCCAUGACAAAGUAUUUGGGACUAUUGUAAGCUUUCAGUCUCAACAUAGCUUUCUUUGGGUUCCCAACAGCUUUUCCUUGCAUUAUACGAACAAAUUGGAACCUUUAAUUUAAUAAUGUAAAAUUAUAAUAAAUAGGCCGAGUGUUUGUUCACUCUUAAGUAUUGUAGUAGAGUAGAGACCUGGAUUGGGUUGGAUUGAACACCAAUCCAGGGCUCUCUUUUAUAACAGUUUGUUGACUGGAAGACUGUUAUUUGUUGAAUUGAAUUGCUAUGUGUACAUUCUAGUACUGUUUUAGUGUUAGCCCAGUUGGAAACAUGUUUUAGAUGAUGUUGAGAGAAAUUGUUAAUUCGUAAAGAGAAUGUUUCCAAGUGGGCAAACACUUCACAUUCCCUUUUAACCAUGUAUGGCUUUGUUAACUUAGUACAUUCAUCUCCAUGUUCAAGAUGUUUAACUUUGGAAAGUGUAUUUUUCAAUGUUUGUUUUAAUUAUAAAUUAACUACAUAUUACAUCCUCAUGAUCAGCUAACUCCAAUAUUUUAUUUCAUAUUCAACAAGUAUGUAAACUGAAUUUGCCUCAUAGUCAGUCUUCAGUACCUGUAUUCUCCCAUACUGUCAUGUUAGAAAUGGCCAGAGGAGAACAUUUCUAAAUGGUUUUCAUUACAUAUUGGAAAUCAUCUUCCUAGAUGCUGCUACUUUCUCAAAUUAAAUGCAAGAGACUUCUGAAAAUAUGGUAUCUGUUUUUUUCUACUUCGUCUUGAGAAAACUUGUUACAAACAUGGCAAUGAUGUCCCCUUGUUUCCCUAUCUUCUAUUCAUCUACUGUAUGUACCAUUUAUAUCUUAUUAUGCCCACGUUAUUGCAUGCAUGUACCAGGAGUAAACCAGAUUUGAUUCAUUUCUUGAAAUGAUGACCUCCUGAAGUACUUUAAUAACUUCCAGUAAUAUAAAUGUUUUAUAGGUGUCAAGCAAGCAGUUAUGUGAUGCAAUUACUUUUAGAAGCAUGUUGCUAAUUGUAUGAUUAAAUACCAAUCAGGCUUUUAGCCAGUGGCUAUGA